AUGGAUGGUUGGUUGUGGAAUCAAUUGGGGUGGAAUUUGGGAUGGGAUUUGGGAUGGAAAUUGCGGUGGGAAACUCCCGUCAUGCAACGUGUCGCUCUCGGGCUCUGUCCCUCAGACUGCUCAAUGCGUGGUACUUGUCGUCUCGUCGGAGGAUUUGCCAAAUGCUUUUGCCGAAAAGGGUGGACCGGAGCCGCCUGUGAGACCGCGACCGCGGCUGUUGCUUCCACCGUCCUCCCAAGUACUCCGGACUCCAGUAUUCUCGUCCCCAUCUUGCUCGUCGCGUUGCUGAGCCUGCUCGUUCUCUGCCUUGCGGCCGUCGUCGUCUAUCUGAUGUCUGGUAGGCGCUCAGUUGGAUGUGUCGAUUUCGACGCCGAAAUCGAGAGUGGCAAGGCUAUGCUCCACGAGAAGGCUACUUUCUGGAAGAAGGUUAAGGCUCGAUUUGUUAACUGA